GCGCCCGCUGCGCAAGACGCCACCGCCACCAGAAGUCGUGUAACGGGAUCACAUCUCAGCUCCUAGAAGACUGCGCUUCGAAUUUAGGCAGAACCCGGAGCCUAUAUCCCGUCUCUCCAAGUUUCAAGCUUCACCUUUCCUUAUAGCGUGACCUUCAAGUUUGACAUGCGAGUACUCUGAAUAAAAUGACUCUUGGGAUCAGUUUUCUGGACACCACGCACAUCAUAAUAAGCCAAAUCUCCCCCCUCAAGAUUCAGCGCCUCUAUCUGAAAUUGGCCCUCAUCGGUUUGGCUCCAUCAUUGCUUUGUCCAAAGACGACUAUUGACGAUUGACCAUGCGGUUUGUUUGGCUCCCAGAAACUGCAAGUAUUCUGACGUCUGUCUCACUACUUUACGUUCUUUCUUCUCUUUUGAGCGUUUACAAUGGGAGACCCGUAUUUGAAUGGAAAGGGAUCACACUCAACACUGUGGUAUCUGUCCUUUCGACAGCCUCAAAGGCAGCUUUGUUAUACGCAGUGUCGCAGCUCAUCAGCCAGUGGAAAUGGAUUUUGUUCACCAGAGCAAGUCGUCCACUGGUGGACUUUGAGAUAAUCGAUGGCGCCAGCAGAGGACCCAUGGGGAGCCUGGUGCUAAUGAGAAAAUGGGAGACCAUUGGAUAUCUCUCCAUGGGUGCCUUGGUCGUGCUGCUCAGCAUUGCAGCGGAUCCAUUUACACAGCAACUUAUUCAGUACGAACGCCGAGUCGUUUACACCAACAGUACAGAUAUAACUGUGAAUAGAGCAGGGCGAUUCGACAAGGGAACCCGCACGCUCAAAUACUCGACCGAGUCUGUCUUCGAGGUAGAGUCAGUCAUCGUUGACGCGGACCUUUCCAUCCAGUCGGCUGUCCUGUAUGGGCUAGACCGAUCUAACCGCAGUGUCGCUCGACAGGGUAACUUCAAUUGCGCCACUGGAAAUUGCAAAUGGCCUAUCUUUGAGUCGCUUGCUGUCUGCCAUAGAUGCAACAAUAUCUCAAGUGAUAUCCAGCGUCUCAGUUCAAAUAAUAGCCAGUUCCAUGACCAAAGCAACACGAGCUCCCGCUACGAGGCUACGGCGUUUCGACUGCCUAGCGGCUUGUAUAUUGAUAAUAUCAACAACGCAAGGCCUGAUGUAGGCCGACUUCGGAAUGGAUCAGUCAUGCUGGCAACUCUUGGGACACCUAACACGUCGCAGACCAUAAACGGCCCAGAACUGGAUGCACUGAUCUGGUCCAUGUCUACGAUACACGCCGACGAGAAUAGAACCGACAGCAUGGCAAUAUGGCCCCAUUUCCCAGUGUCGGCGAUCGAUUGCGCACUCUUCUAUUGUGUCAGAAGCUAUAACAUCACAGUAACCGACGGCAUCCUCCGGGAAGACAGCAAACAAGUGGAGGAAGCCACGCGCGCCGCAGGCUCGUGGACAAUCCCGGAACAUUAUGUGAAUAAGAUAUAUCCAGAGGGAUACGCAAAUCACCUGUCCGAGUCUGAAAUCAACAGCAUAGCCUUCGACAAGUUUGCCUCGACACUACCCCGUUGGGACCUGGCACUCCUCUCGCCGAAAUCCGGCGCCCGCUUCAACAUCUCCCAGAGCGCGGUCGACAGCAUCAGCUAUCAUUACCAGUCCAUGUUCUCUGCCAAGACGAACCACUUCAACGUGGGGGAAGCGCCCCCGGUGACGGGGAGGUUCAACGGGUACUGCGAGCGGUCUGAGCGCUGGGGCAGCAAGUGCGAGCCGGGCGCCAUGCGGACGCUGCUCUCGAGCACGGACCUGGACGCGGACCUGAACGCGACCUUCGCGGCGCUGGCGGCCAGCAUGACCGAUGCGCUGCGCGCGGGGGCGGACGGCUGGUUUGAGGGCGUCCCGAUCGCCGUGGCCGGGGAGAGGGGGGACACGAUAACGUACUACCGGAUAGCCUGGCCCUGGAUAUCCCUCCACUGUUUCAUUGCUAUCCUGGGCGUGGUGUUCCUGGCCCUGACGAUGUGUGAGAACCAGAGGCACGGCCGGGCGGCCCCGCUGUGGAAAUCGAACAGCCUGGCGAUCGCGAGCUAUUGCGACGUGGUGGCGGGUGUCUUGUCUGGCGUGGAGACGGUGAGGGGGAUCUGGGAGAAGGCGGGCGCUGCGGACGUGACGCUUGCUGACGGGGAUGGCAUCGGAAGCCCUUCUCGGGAGUUGUUUCGUUUGAAUUUGCGGGAGGAUCCGUCUUUACCGCCAUACAGGGAAACCUGAAUGCGGUUAUACGAAAUGCAGGGACCGCCGUCAAGGUUCGAGAGCAGGUGACUUGCAUUCUUGAUCAAUCUCGCUAUCAUGGUGCCAUGCAUAGGGUGAAUAGCACACACUACAGUCGGAUCUAGUGUUACACUCCAUGUAUAGACCUCCUUACCGUUGGAAUUCCAGAAUUUGAACAUUGAAUCCCCGAAAUCACAUCUA